AUAGGUGGAGAAAUCCAAGAAGGUAAUGAUAUUACUUCAGCUAUUGGAGGUAUUUCUGGCACUUCAGUUUCCCAUAUAGAGCCAAAUCAUGUUAAAGGAAAAGAAAAAUAUAUGACUAUACCUGGUAUAUCCAAUUGGUUUGAAUGGAGUUGGCACACUGAAGGUGAUAAUGCAGGAUAUAUUCAGGCAUGUGCAAUACCAAAUAUUGGAAUGUGGUCAUCAUUUUCUCCAGUUCAAAUACAAAAUUUUCUAAAAAAUGAAAUUAAUCAACCAUCUCCACAACUUUCUGAGCCAACUAAACCAAAAUCUCCAUGGAAAAUACCUAUUCCACAUUCAUCAGCACAGUUACGUGAGAGAAGUGCUCAAACAACACUUGGAGUUGAAAAUAUUUAA